CAUAGGAGGCUGGGCGGGGCUUAGCUCACCUGGCCCAGGUAUUGCUGUGUGUGUGUGUCGUGCGCCUUUGCUGGAAGAGAAACAAACUGAGCUCCAGGGACCUCCACUCACCCUCCUUCCUAUGAAGUUUCCCUCAGAGCAAUGGAGUGAGGGGCUACAGAAGGGAGACCCCCCAGGAGCACAAAUGCAGAAUUAUGGGAACGAGGGGGGAGAGGGGGCAGCAAGUCCAGACACAGCCCAGGAUGCCCCUGGAUUAGAGUCUGGCAUCUCCCAAGAUGGGACCAACCUCCAAACCCAAAGAUCCACCGAGCAGGCGCCCCCCACACCCUCUGGGCCAACUCGUGAGACCUGGGGAGGGAAGUACGAGUUCCUGCUCUCCUGUAUUGGAUAUUGUGUGGGACUGGGCAAUGUCUGGAGGUUCCCCUAUCUCUGCUACCGUAAUGGGGGAGGAGCCUUCCUCAUCCCUUACUCAAUCAUGCUGUUCUUCACUGGGCUCCCACUCUUCCUCAUGGAGCUGAGUUUGGGCCAAUAUGGAGCCGCUGGACCCAUAACAGUGUGGAAGUGUUGCCCCAUCCUUAAAGGGAUCGGCAUCGGGAUGCUCCUGGUAUCGACUCUGGUCUCCCUUUAUUAUAACGUUAUUAUUGCCUGGACUUUCUUUUACCUGGGUCAGUCCUUCCAGAGCCCCCUGCCCUGGUCCUGUGAAUCGCCCCUGUACUCCCAGCUCUGCCAGAAUGUCUCAAGCAAUGGCUCAAAGUUCAGCGCAACAGAAGCCUUCUGGAAUGAGAAAGUCCUGGGAGUCGUGCACAGCAGUGGCCUGGAUGACCCGGGUCCAGUCCGAUGGGAAUUGGCGCUGUGUUUGUUGGCAGCCUGGAUCAUCAUCUUCCUCUGCAUGCUGAAGGGCAUCCAUAGCUCUGGCAAGGUUGUCUAUUUCACUGCCACGUUCCCCUACUUUGUCAUCAUUGUGCUGCUUAUAAGAGGGGCCACACUGGAAGGCUCCAUAGAUGGUGUGAAAUUCUACCUGACAGCUGAUUGGAAGAGACUACAAAGUGCUCAGGUGUGGAAUGAUGCAGCUUCACAGAUCUUUUACUCCCUCGGGAUUGGAUUUGGGGGGCUGCUUUCCAUGGCUUCCUACAAUAAGUUUGAUAAUAAUGUUAUCAGAGACACGUUGGUCAUCGCCAUUGGGAACUGCUCCACAAGCUUCUUUGCCGGCUUUGCCAUUUUCUCUGUGUUGGGCCAUAUGGCCUGGAAAAAGGGGGUGCCAGUGGGAGAGGUGGCGGAUUCCGGUCCGGGUUUGGCUUUUGUAGCUUACCCAGAAGCUCUUGCUCUGCUGCCAGGCUCAGUGUUUUGGUCUAUCCUGUUCUUCCUGAUGUUGUUCACCUUGGGAGUAGACACUCUGUUUGGGAACAUGGAGGGGAUCACGACAGCCAUACUAGAUGAGAUCCCAUCUCUGCGAGACUGGAAAAAGAAAACUAUAUUUCUGGGCAUCCUCUGCUUUUGCUUCUACCUGCUGGGGCUCCUACUCAUCACUCAGGGAGGAAUAUACUGGUUCACUCUCAUAGACUCGUACAGCACAAGUUUUGGCCUCAUCAUCAUUGCCCUGUUCAUGUGCCUUGGAAUCUCUUUCUUUUAUGGUGUCAACCAGUUUUGCCAGGACAUAGUGGACAUGGUGUGCAGGUGUCCCCCCUGGUGCACUAAAGUCCUGUGGUACUUCAAAGCCUGCUGGGCGUUCAUUACCCCUCUCCUAUUACUGUUUAUCCUGUUCUAUAUAUUCCUGGAGAUGUACAACACGCCUCUGCACUAUGGCUCCUACGAGUACCCUCACUGGGGGAAGGCUCUGGGAAUUUGUAUGGGCACACUCUGCUGCAUUCAGAUCCCAAUCUGGGCGACUGUAGCAGUAUUCAGAGAGACCGGAACCCUCAAGGAUAGAUUUAAGAAAUCCCUGCGCCCGUUAAACACCUGGCGCAAUGCCAACAGCCCACAGGAGCAUAGCAGUGCCAUCAUCGAUGUGCCCUACACAGUCAAUCUGACAGAGCAGGAUUUCUCAGAUGCCGUAUGGCAGGGGGCAGGAAUGCUGGAGCACUGAUAGCAAUUGGGACCUAGGGCAAGUCAGUGUACAACUCCAACAAGGAGGAGGAGGCAUUUAGGACUAAAUUAAAUAUGAACAUGGAAACCAGAGGACUUGCCUUCACCAUUAGGUUCCACUGUGUACUGAGGUCCCAGUAAAGGCAUAAGAAGAAAAUAUAUCCAGGUCUCCUUCAGGGAUGAGCAAGCUGCAUCCUUGGCCCAUCAUUGUGUUCUGGUUCUAGUUGCAGUAGAACAGCUCUAGUGCCAUGAGGUUCUGAUGAUGGGCCCCACUUACCCUACCAGACAUUGAACUAUUGUUUACAUGAUCCUCUGGGUAUCUUAUAGGACAGAGCAUCACCGCAAGGUUAUCAUUGCUGCCAUUACAAGGGGAAGCACCACUCCAUGCUCAGAAGAAGCUUCUCUUUAUCCAUAACGAUACUCAUUACUCAGCGUCAGAGCAGCACAUUGUAUCAUAGCUCUGCUUAUAACUCAGGAAUACACAGGACUUGCGAUACCAAAUGGGAAUGGCGCAUCCAAGGAACUGACACCAGCAGAACCUGUACAAGGAGCACCAAUUCCUGUCCAAGUCACAUCAUUGGAACCAACUAUAGUGGAUUGUUACAAACCUGACAACACUACCUACCUGCUUCCUUUCUCUACUUCCUGGUCUUGUGCCGAGAAAAGCUCCACCUUCCCCAAAGGGGUGGGACACUAAGAUGGAUCCUGGCUUUUUGGUGAAUGAACAUUUGCUAUUAUCAUCCAUUGGAACUAUAAUUAAAGUGCAUCAUGUCUCUUCCAUGACCUGAAACAGGAGAAUACGGUGCUACAGGCAGUUACGACUGCCCAACAAACCCCUGAAUAUUGAGGCAAAGCAAGUUCUCAAGUGCAACGGGGUCAAUAUAGUAACACUGGGCAAAUUAGCUCUGGUGCAGUAACCCAAGGCCACCAAUCAAAUGUUUCCCUUUACCCAUUUUAUUUGCUACAAACUCAUCACUGGUCGCCAUUUGGUUUGUGCCCGGGUUACGGUGCCAGUCUAUUUACUGAAACACCUGAAAGGAAGUAAACUGAUUCUAUCAACUUAUUAUUUAUUGAUUUUGUAAGUAGAAUGUACAGUUUCUAAGUUUGUUUUUAAACCCUUCAGUAUAUUUGUCUCUUCCUGGUCUUUAUGAUUCUUACAGACCGGGGCAAAUAGGUCCUCUUUCAUUGCCACUGGAUUGAGGCUAAUGCCACAUGCGGCAGUUCCAUAGCCAGUGUAUUUCCAGCAGUGGAGAAAUGCCCCAAAUCCCCUGUUCCACCUCCUAUUGACUUCAAUGGAAUCUGCCAAUCCAUGAGACGGACAUGUACUUGGUGGUGCAGGAGGUGCCCCUCCCUGCUGCCAAUUGCCACCUGUAAAGCAGGUCAUAAAAAUCCCAGAAUCCCCUUGUAUGAGUUAUACAGUUACCUACCUCCAGGGCAGAGUUUUACCCAAAAGUUCUAAUACAAAUCUGCCAAUGUGAGCUGUUCCAGUGAUACCCAAUGGACUGAGACCCCUCAGAAGCCCCUCCCACAGACCAAACAGCAGGACCAAUCAGUACAAUAUGUACAAGGAUGGGUCCCACCAUGGCAACAUUUCCAUCUCUAUGUGCAAUUAAUAUCAAUAAAAUGUGCAAAUACGCAAA